AUGGUGAAAAUAGGGAAGAAGCUGAAGGGGUUCGACGAGGGGAUAAACAGACACGACACACACAUAGGGGGGGACGCGUCCCAGGAGAAAGACACACAAGUGGGGAACGGACCCGAAAAAGGAACAGGCCAAAAGUUCAUCACCCUCCUGGGCGACCAUGUGGGAGAACAUACCUCCAUAGAGGCAAUAAACGGGCGAGGCCCACUCGAAGACGCAGCUGCAAAUCUCUGCGGUAGCAAUGCAGACGCGGAAGAUCAGGCAAACCCGGCAGACAUAAACGCGUACGUCGAACGCAGUGGCACGUCCACCCUGUUAACGCUCCUUUUGUACAAAGUUUUAACAACGAAGCCAAAAAACGUAGUCAAUUAUAUUACGGACGAGCUAGCCAUUCUGCUCAACCACGAACUAGAAAUGAAGGAAGCGAAGAAGGAUGGCCAUGUUGAAAGGGACUCCCCCAAGGGGACUCCAUCCAAAGACGAGACGGAUAGCAAAUCCAACGCGCUAAACGAAAGCGACUUCUCAGCAAGGUACACCCCGACCCAGUUAAUAAACCAUAAAGCAUUUCUUGGGGACAGUUUUAUCACCCUGGACGAUUUAUUCGACGCAGUGAAGCUCAUCAAAAUUGAAAACUGCGAUAAAGUUUACUUUAAUAGUUUAUUAAAAAUUUUGCGCCCCUUCGAAAACGAUCAGAACAGGGACAUCCUCCUCAAGGAAAAUGUGCAGCCCAACGAGUGUAUACCGCUCAACUGGGCUCUCUACCUCACCACCACUUUUUACAACAACUGUAUUGGCGGUGCCUCCGGUGUGUAA